GACUGGCGAGGAAGUGGGCAACACCGCGACCCUGUUUUGUGGACGUCACGUCUCCUGUCUCGGCCGCCAUAUCGCACUCGACCUCUCGUUAUUUGUCUUCAAAUUUCUAAAAGGGAUUUCCUUUGCGAUCCCGACUCAUUUCUUCUCGAGGUGCUUUUCCACUCCGCCUGGAAUUGAAAUCGGACGUCCAGACAGAACAGAGCCUCCGAGCUGUACUCCGGAGCAAUGGAUCCUACUAUAACACCAAAGGAGGUGAGGAUUCUUGAGACUGCUGACGACAUCCAAGAAAGGAGAGAGCAAGUCCUCAAUCGCUAUGGUGACUUUAAGUCGGAAGCACGAGCGAAACGACAAAAGUUGGAGGACUCAAGAAGAUUCCAGUAUUUUAAACGAGAUGCAGAUGAGCUUGAAUCAUGGAUUAACGAAAAACUCCAAGCUGCGUCUGAUGAGAGCUAUAAAGACCCAACAAAUCUGCAGGCAAAAAUUCAGAAACACCAGGCAUUUGAGGCUGAAGUAUCAGCACACAGUAAUGCAAUUGUAACACUUGACUACACUGGAUUGGAAAUGAUUAAUCAGGGACAUUAUGCAAGUGAAACUAUACGACAGCGCCUUGAUGAGCUUCAUAAGUUGUGGGAGCUCCUUCUUUCAAAGCUUGCUGAGAAAGGAAUGAAACUCAAUCAAGCCCUUAUUUUGGUGCAAUUUUUGAGACAAUGUGAUGAAGUUAUGUUCUGGAUUAAAGACAAGGAAAUGUUUGUGACGACUGAUGAAUUUGGACAAGACUUGGAGCAUGUUGAGGUUCUCCAAAGGAAGUUCGAUGAAUUCCAGAAGGAUAUGGCCUCACAGGACUAUCGUGUUACUGAAGUAAAUGAGUUGGCCGACAAGCUUAUGUCUGACGGGCAUCCUGAAAGAGAGACUAUCUUAAGGAGAAAGGAAGAGCUGAAUGAGGCCUGGCAGCGUCUUAAACAGCAGUCACUCAUGAGGCAAGAGAAGCUCUUUGGAGCUCAUGAAAUCCAACGACUGAAUAGAGACGCUGAUGAGACUGUAGCAUGGAUUGCCGAGAAAGAUGUAGUUCUUUCAUCUGAUGAUUAUGGGCGGGAUUUAGCAAGUGUGCAGACUUUGCAACGCAAGCAUGAAGGAGUUGAAAGAGACCUUGCAGCUCUAGAAGAUAAAGUUUCGACUUUGGGGAAGGAAGCUGACAGAUUGUGUGCUAUACAUUCUGAUCACGCAGAGCAAAUUCAAGCAAAGAGAGCCGAGAUUGUUUCUUACUGGGAGAGACUGACAGCGAAAGCUAAAGAGCGAAGGCAGAAGCUUAAUGAAUCAUACUACCUCCAUAGGUUCUUGGCAGAUUUUCGUGAUUUAAUUUCUUGGAUAAAUGAUAUGAAAGCAAUAAUUUCCGCUGAUGAAUUGGCAAAGGACGUUGCAGGGGCUGAAGCUCUCUUAGAACGACACCAAGAACACAAGGGAGAAAUUGACGCAAGAGAGGACAGUUUUAAGUCAACAGCAGAAGCAGGUGAAGUGCUCUUGCAGAGAAACCAUUACGCUGCAGCUGAAGUAAAAGAAAAGCUAGCUAUGCUUGAGUCGGAGAAAACAGCAUUGAUAUCACUUUGGAAUGAAAGAAGACUCCUUUAUGACCAAUGCAUGGACUUACAACUUUUUUAUAGGGAUACAGAACAAGCAGACACUUGGAUGGCUAAACAAGAGGCAUUCUUGGCUAAUGAUGAUUUGGGUGAUUCUCUUGAUUCCGUUGAAGCAUUGAUUAAGAAGCAUGAGGAUUUUGAAAAGUCACUUGCUGCUCAAGAAGAAAAGAUAAAGGCUCUUGAUGAGUUUGCUACUAAAUUGAUCGAAGGCCAUUAUGCUGCAGAUGAUGUGUCACAGCGAAGAUCAUUGCUUUUACAAAGAAGAUCAGCUCUUCUUGAGAAAUCAAGUGAACGUAGGUCCAUACUGGAUGACUCUUUCACGCUUCAACAGUUCGAGAGGGAUUGUGAUGAGACCAAAGGGUGGAUUAAUGAAAAACUCAAGUUUGCCACUGAUGAUAGUUAUCUUGAUCCGACCAAUCUUAAUGGAAAGGUUCAGAAACAGCAGAACUUCGAGCAGGAACUCAAUGCCAAUCACUCUAGGAUGGAGGAGAUUACAUCUACAGGGCAGGGGUUGUUGAAUUCCAAUCACUAUGCGUCAGAUCGUAUAAGCUCAAGAAUGGAGGAGAUAAUUAAGUUAUGGGAAUUGCUCGAAGCAGAAACUGAGAAAAAAGGAUCAAAACUCCAAGAAGCAUCUCAGCAGCAACAAUUCAAUAGAACUGUUGAAGACAUUGAACUUUGGUUUACAGAGAUAGAAGGGCAACUUCACUCUGAAGAUUAUGGAAAAGAUUUGACUAGUGUUCAAAAUUUACAAAAAAAGCAUGCUCUACUUGAAGCAGAUGUUGGCUCUCACCAGGAUCGAAUUGAAGGAAUUCGUGUGGCAGCAUCACAAUUUGUUGAAAGGGGACAUUUUGAUGCUGAUAACAUUAAAGCUAAACAGGAAGCAGUUACAGAUAGAUAUGCAGCCCUUCAGAAACCAAUGAGCAUUAGAAAGCAAAGACUCUUAGAUUCCCUUCAAGUACAACAAUUGUUCAGAGAUAUAGAGGAUGAAGAAGCUUGGAUUAGAGAGAAGGAACCUAUUGCGGCAUCCACCAACCGUGGCAGGGACUUGAUUGGGGUGCAGAAUUUGAUGAAGAAACACCAGGCUGUAUUAGCUGAGAUAAACAACCAUGAGAGCCGCAUCUCUGCAGUAAGCCAAGCUGGUCACCAAAUGAUAGCAGAUAAUCAUUUUGCUAGUGAUGAGAUCAGUCGGAGGACUAACGAGUUGACCAUGCAUUGGACCCAGCUCAAGGAAAAAGCAGUUCAGCGCAAAGAAGACUUGGAGGAUUCGUUGCAAGCCCAUCAGUACUUUGCAGAUGCAAAUGAAGCAGAAUCAUGGAUGAAAGAAAAAGAACCUAUGGUCGUGAACCAAGAUUUCGGCAAAGAUGAAGAUUCGAGUGAAGCCCUUUUAAAGAAACAUGAAGCACUUGUUUCAGAUUUAGAAGCUUUUGGAAACACGAUAAGCGCUCUCAAAGACCAAGCAGAAUCAUGUAGACAACAAGAAACACCUGUUAUCGAUGUCACUGGAAAAGAAUGUGUUAUGGCUCUUUAUGACUAUACUGAAAAGUCACCCAGAGAGGUCUCAAUGAAGAAGGGAGAUGUUUUAACUCUUCUUAAUUCCAACAAUAAGGAUUGGUGGAAAGUCGAAGUGAAUGACAGACAGGGCUUUGUCCCAGCCGCAUAUGUCAAGAAAAUGGAGGCUGGUCUUAGUGCCUCACAACAGAAUUUAGCCGAUAGUAGCUCUAUAGCAGCUAGACAGAAUCAGAUUGAAACUCAGUACAAAAAUCUCCUUGACCUUGCCAAAGAACGACAGAACAAGUUGAACGAAACAGUAAAAGCAUAUGUUCUUGUGAGGGAAGCUGCUGAACUUGCUACCUGGAUAAAGGACAAGGAAAAUCAUGCUCAGGUUCAGGAUAUUGGAGAAGACUUAGAGCAGGUAGAGGUUAUGCAAAAAAAAUUUGACGAUUUUCAAUCCGACCUCAAAGCGAACGAAGUUCGAUUAGCCGAAAUGAAUGAAAUCGCGAUGCAGUUGAUGACUCUAGGGCAGACAGAAGCUGCUGUUAAAAUUCAAACGCAACUCAAGGAUUUGAAUGAGAAAUGGACAGGUUUGCAACAAUUAACUCAAGAGAGGGCUACACAGUUAGGCUCAGCUCACGAGGUACAGCGAUUCCAUCGAGAUGUGGAUGAGACAAAAGACUGGAUUCAGGAAAAAGAAGAGGCUCUAAACAACGAUGACCUUGGAAAAGACCUUAGGAGUGUGCAAGCACUCCAGAGAAAGCAUGAAGGGCUUGAAAGAGACCUCGCUGCACUUGGUGACAAGAUCCGACAACUGGAUGAAACAGCAAACAGGCUUAUGCAGACCCAUCCAGAAACAGCAGAGCAGACUUACGCAAAGCAAAAGGACAUAAAUGAGGAAUGGACACAACUGACAGCUAAAGCCAAUUCGAGAAAAGAAAAACUUCUUGAUUCUUAUGACCUUCAGAGAUUCCUGAGUGAUUACCGUGACCUCAUGUCUUGGAUAAAUUCUAUGAUGGGUUUAGUGUCUAGUGAUGAAUUAGCUUCUGAUGUCACUGGGGCAGAGGCCCUUCUUGAAAGGCACCAGAAUUACCGCACAGAGAUAGAUGCACGCUAUGGUGUCUCGCAGGUAUUGAAAUAUCGCCAACUUGUUUAUUUAAUUUUUUUCUGCUUCUCUAGGGCCUGGAUUGCGAGAAGGAUGCAGCUUGAUCAGUGUUUGGAGCUUCAACUGUUCUACAGGGACUGUGAACAAGCUGAAAAUUGGAUGUCAGCUAGGGAAGCUUUUCUUUCUGCAGAGGAAGUUGAUUCCAAGGGUGACAAUGUUGAGGCUUUGAUUAAAAAACAUGAAGACUUUGACAAGGCCAUUAACGCCCAUGAAGAGAAAAUUGCAGCGUUGCAAACCCUUGCUGAUCAGUUGAUGGCUGCAGACCAUUAUGCGGCCAAAUUAAUUGAUGAUAAGAGAAAACAGGUCCUGGACAGGUGGCGUCACUUAAAAGAAGCGUUGAUUGAAAAGCGAUCUAGACUCGGCGAGAGUCAGACACUUCAGCAAUUCAGUAGAGAUGCAGAUGAAAUGGAAAAUUGGAUAGCUGAAAAGCUACAGCUGGCUACUGAAGAAAGUUACAAAGACCCGGCGAACAUUCAAUCCAAACAUCAAAAGCAUCAAGCAUUCGAGGCUGAACUUGCUGCUAAUGCUGAUCGAAUUCAAAGUGUGCUUGCUAUGGGUCAGAACCUAAUUGAUAAACACCAGUGUGCAGGGUCAGAAGAUGCUGUUCAGAAACGACUUGCUUCAAUUGCUGACCAAUGGGAAUUUCUCACUCAAAAGACAACAGAGAAAUCAUUAAAGCUGAAAGAAGCCAAUAAACAGAGGACCUACAUAGCUGCUGUAAAGGAUUUAGACUUUUGGUUGGGAGAGGUGGAGAGUUUAUUGACUUCGGAAGAUUCUGGAAAAGAUUUAGCCUCAGUCCAAAACCUCAUUAAAAAACACCAGCUUGUUGAGGCUGACAUACAUGCUCAUGAUGAUAGAAUUAAAGAUAUGAAUUCUCAAGCAGAUUCCUUAAUUGAAAGUGGGCAGUUUGAUACAGCAAGCAUCCAAGAGAAACGCCAGUCAAUAAAUGAACGUUAUGAGCGUAUAAAGAACUUAGCUGCUCAUAGGCAAGCCCGUCUUAAUGAAGCCAAUACUCUACACCAAUUCUUCAGAGAUAUUGCUGAUGAAGAGUCGUGGAUUAAGGAGAAAAAACUUUUGGUUGGCUCUGAUGAUUACGGCCGUGACCUCACUGGGGUGCAAAACCUCAAAAAGAAGCACAAGCGGCUUGAAGCUGAACUAGCUUCACAUGAACCUGCCAUACAGGCUGUACAAGAAGCUGGUGAGAAGCUCAUGGAUGUCUCUAAUUUAGGAGUACCAGAAAUUGAAAAGAGGCUGAAAUGUUUGAAUCAAGCUUGGUCAGAGUUGAAACAGUUGGCAGCCACAAGGGGACAAAAACUCGAUGAAUCUUUGACAUAUCAACAGUUUUUGGCAAAACUUGAGGAGGAGGAAGCUUGGAUUAGUGAAAAACAACAACUGCUCUCUGUGGAAGAUUACGGUGAUACAAUGGCAGCUGUUCAGGGGCUGCUUAAAAAGCAUGAUGCUUUUGAAACUGAUUUUACUGCCCAUCGCGAUCGUUGUGCCGAUAUCUGCAAUGCGGGUCAGAGCCUUAUGGCAGAGGGAAACCACCAUUCUGACAGUAUUUCUCAGAGGUGCAUUCAACUUCAGAACAAACUCGAUAUGCUGUCAAGUUUGGCCGGACGAAGGAAAACACGUUUGAUGGACAACUCGGCAUACCUACAGUUUAUGUGGAAGGCUGAUGUUGUCGAAUCUUGGGUGGCAGAUAAGGAAACACAUGUACGUUCAGAAGAAUUCGGAAGGGACUUGUCAACGGUCCAGACAUUGCUUACUAAGCAAGAGACAUUUGAUGCGGGUCUCUUAGCAUUUGAACAUGAAGGUAUUCAGAAUAUAACAUCAUUAAAAGAUCAAUUAAUUGACUCAAAACAUGAUCAAAAUGAUGCUAUUCUCAAACGACAUGCUGAUGUCAUGCAAAGAUGGCAAAAAUUGCGGAAUGAUUCCAAUGCAAGGAAGCAGAGGCUUCUACAGAUGCAGGAGCAGUUUAAACAGAUUGAAGAAUUGUAUCUUACAUUCGCGAAGAAGGCUUCUGCCUUUAAUUCGUGGUUUGAAAAUGCCGAGGAGGACCUCACUGACCCAGUCAGGUGUAAUUCAAUCGAAGAGAUUAGGGCAUUACGAGAUGCCCACUCGAAUUUCCAGGCCUCGCUUUCUUCAGCCCAAGCAGACUUUGAGGCCCUAGCAGCACUCGACCAGCAAAUAAAGAGUUUCAAUGUUGGCCCAAAUCCAUAUACCUGGUUUACAAUGGAAGCUCUUGAAGACACUUGGCGCAACCUUCAGAAAAUAAUCAAGGAGCGAGAUGAUGAGCUUGCCAAGGAAGCCCACCGCCAAGAGGAGAAUGACAAACUCCGGAAAGACUUUGCUAAACAUGCUAAUGCUUUCCAUCACUGGCUUACUGAAACAAGGACAUCAAUGAUGGAGGGAUCAGGUUCGCUAGAGCAACAACUGGAUGCUACCAAGAAAAAAGCAACAGAAGUUCGUUCAAGGAAGUUUGACCUUAAAAAAAUUGAAGAACUUGGAGCGACAUUGGAAGAACACUUGAUUCUUGAUAACCGAUACACUGAGCAUAGUACAGUCGGUUUAGCACAACAGUGGGACCAGCUGGACCAACUCGGAAUGAGAAUGCAGCACAACCUCGAGCAACAGAUUCAAGCCCGUAACCACUCUGGUGUCUCGGAGGAUGCCCUGAAGGAGUUUAGCAUGAUGUUCAAGCAUUUUGACAAAGAGAAAAGUGGACGCCUUAACCAGCAUGAAUUCAAGAGUUGCCUACGAGCACUGGGUUACGAUCUACCCAUGGUAGAAGAAGGCCAGCCUGACCCGGAAUUCCAAGCUAUUCUCGAUUUAGUGGAUCCAAACCGGGAUGGCUAUGUGUCGCUUCAAGAGUACAUGGCAUUUAUGAUCAGCAAAGAAACUGAAAACGUGCAAAGCUCCGAGGAGAUUGAAAAUGCUUUUAGAGCUAUCACUGCUGGAGACCGUCCUUAUGUAACCAAAGAGGAACUCUAUGCUAAUCUUACCGAAGAGAUGGCAGAUUAUUGUGUAGCAAGAAUGCAGCCUUACGUCGAUCAGAGGGGUGAAAGGACAAUUUCUGGAGCUCUCGACUACAUCCAAUUCACAAGGACUAUCUUCCAAAACUAAAAGAGGCACAUUUCUACACAUUAUUUUAAUUCUCACCAGAAAUUUUUUUAGUUUAUUUAUACAUUAGCUGAUUAUACUAAAAAUGCAAUUUCA